GGUCGCUCCUGGUGGCCCCUGUCGGCUCAUGCGUCCCUGGUUUCGGGCCGUCAGGCCUGGGGAAGGGGACCCGUGCCCCACAUAGCACAAGGCAGAGGGAGCUGACCCGGGCCUCUGGGGGGCGGGGACCGCACCCCAGUCUGGAGAGACUCGCAAAUUCUCGAGGUCUAAGGGAAGGAGGUCCAGGAAGGUGACCCGCGUUCCCAGGUAGAGGGGAGACCUGAUCCAACCUCAGGGAGGUGGUCUGGCCUCCAGUGUGGGCCUCAGUGGGGACGAUCUGUGCUAGGUGCUGGCGGAGGCCUGGCCCGGACCAGUCCGGGAAGGACACCCUCCUCCCCUACUACCAGGGGCAUUCUUGGCUCUGGGCCACACCCCUAUUUUUCUUUGCACUGACAGGCCAGAGCCCUCAGAUGAGGAAGAAGGAGAACUUCCCCUAAACACUUCUCAUUACCCCCCGAAGGCCAAGGGGCAAAGCGCCCACCCUUUCUCAAAGGCCCUGAAGUCUUGGAGAAUAUGGUCCUAUGCCUCUGUUUUUUGUCAGUCUGUACGACAGACCCAGAGUAGUCUGGUAACUCGCCUUAGUGACAGGCGAGUUACCAGCCAGCGCGCUCCAGCACAGGCUUUAAUGCCCCGAGUGUCUUCUAAUUGGGUUAUGGGUAGUUGUGAGGAUCAAAUGAAGGAGAAAGUGCUUUAGAAACUGUAAGUCCCCAUCGUUAUGAGUGGCCUCUGGUUAUCUCCCUGACUGCCCAAAUCGAAGGAACCAUUCCAGGUUGUAAUAGAUGCCCUGAAGAUUGGAGGCAGGUGCUUCUACCUGGAACUCCAACAAGUUUCUAAUGUCUUGGCUAAGCAGGGUAGGGUUUAGGGGCUGUGAUAGAAUUAACUUAUUAAACCUUAUCUACAGUGGACUUAGUUGUAGAGCAUUUCAUUUUUUUAACGCAUAGAAAAUUCAGGCUACCAUUUGAGUUUGGAAAAACUUUGCAGAUUUACUUAACACUUGUUUACAUAGCUGAAUGAUUAAACCACACCUUAAUUUGCCCCUUGAAGUAUUUCUUAAAGGCCUUCAUAAUCAAAUUUCAUAUGCCUUUAAAAAAUAAAUUGGUUUUGCCACAUUAAUAUUAUUUGAUAAACCUCAGUGUGAGUAUUACACUGGGUUACUGCAGCUAUGUCCCCAGGCUAAAGGCAUGAUCAGGUUUUUAGGAACGUAACAGACUUCUGUUCAAAUACAGUCUAGUAAUUUAAUAGUUGUAGAACCGUGGGCAAAUUACUUGUUCCUUUAGACUUCCAUUUCCUCAUUUAUAAAAUGGGGGUAAUAAUAAUUAUGUGCUACAAGUUUUUUGUGAGAAUGAAAUGAGAUAAUCUAUGUGAGAAGACUUGUUGUAGAGAAUAAUGUGUUAUAGAUACUCAACAAAUAUUUCUUCCCUCUCUCCCCUUUUAAUAACUCAUAAUUGAAUCAACUGUUGCUUUUAUGAACUGAUAAUGAAAGGGACUAUGUAAGUGUGUAUACUAACUAAAUUUCAUGGAAAAGAUCAACCUGGUGGUGUUAGGAACAUCCCAAAGACUGUUUUUAUUUUUGGUUUGAUUUUAGCUUUUGCAGGUUUGAGGGCUUAUCAGUUCACCUAGGAUUGUGGAAAAUUAAUUCUCAUUUAUAAGACACUAGUGAGUAAACCAAAAUGUCACAUAGAUAUUUUCUGUUGACUGUAAUAUUUUCUUGUCUGCUGUCUAGCAAACUCCUUUUUUGGUGUCACAGUACCUUGGAAACCCAAUUAAUAACAAGAAGCUGCUUGCUGAGCAUGGAAUCAGAGCAAAGGGAGUUGGUAAUCUUGUGGGAUAUUUCAUCCAGGCUGUUUAAGAACCCAGAGAAGCUUUUCUGCUUCUUUGUUAAAGCUCAUGGAUGCAGUGCCAGUGCCCUCCCUCUCUGGAACAAUCACUGAAGCAUGCUUAGUCUUGCUCUGCUCUCCCUCGUCCAAUUUCAAUUUCUGACAACAAUAACUUAGAAAUAGAUUUAAUUAGAUUACCAUUUAUUUUGCUUGCAUUAAUGAUAACUUUUAUUUUUAUACUGCUUUACCAUUUGGAAAGUGCCUUCACAGCUGUUAGCUCAUUUGAUCCUCUGUGAGAUAGGCAAGGCAGGUAUUAUCCCCAUCUUACAGAUGAGAAAAGAGGUUCAGAGAGCUUCAGUGACUUUACCAAGGUCUCAAGGCUGAGUGAUGAAAUGAGGAUGAGUCUCGGUCCUCUGGCUCCUAGUCUAAUGCCCUCCUCUUCUUUUUAGCUGACUUCAUCUGGUUUAUGUUGGGUUGUAUUUGUUACCUUUUUGAAAGAUGUAGUUCUCUGACUUGGUCACCAAAUUUUGGAGAUGCUCCCAAUAUAAAGACCUUAGAGCACUGGCUAUAACAUUUAUGCAAGUGCAGUCAUAAUAGCUAACAGUGAUCAUGUGCUUACUAUUAUGAGGCACUGUGCUAAGCCUUUUGUAUACACCAUCUCAUGGGAUCCUCACAGUAGCCUUAGGAGAUAGAUGCUGUUCUUACCACAUCUUCUCCACUUUAGAUGAGGCCACUGAGGCACAGAGAGGCUAAGAAACUGGCCCUAGGUCACGCAGUUACGGAGUGGUAAAACCAGGAUUGAAACCCAGGUGGUUUGCUUCCAGAGCCUUAGUCACUGUGCUUUGUUUCUUCAUAAAUAUUUUUGAUAAUUCAAAUAAACCAGCUUUUGGAAAAGAAUAUAGAAUAUAGUUUUUAGAAUGUAGUUUUCUAAAUAAAUCUUCUAAACUUAUGAAAAGAAAUGAUCACUCACCUUCUAACUUUUCUCUCUUGCCAGGGAAAAGAAACACACUAUUUACUUUUCUCUGCUUCUUAAUCUCUUUUCUUUCAUUUUCUCUGCCUCUGUCUCUUUGACAUAAAAUACUUCAGAGAGGUAUAGAUGCCAUAGGAUUGUGAAGAAUAUUGGGGGGAAAAAAGCACUGGACUGGGAAUUAGGAGACCUAGAUGCUAGUCAUGAUUUAAAAUCAAAAUUGUGUAUCCUUGGGCAAGUCACUUGAUCCAGAUUUCUGUUUCUAAAUGUAUACCAUAAAGUUGGAUUUGUGAUUCAAUGAUUACUUAAGUGUAUCUUGGAAUAUGCAGGACUGACUUAUCUAUAUGAUUUAAUUGGGUUAGUUCAGCAUGCCUGUCCACCUCCGAUACUAUUUAUUACUUACCUUUUACUUUGUUUAUAAACACCUUAUCACACCAGAGUAGAUCUUGUCCACCAGAAGAGGAGCUCAACCCCAAGCUAUAAUAAUAUUUUUAUUAUGAAUUAUGUCCUUUUGCUUUAAUGAAAAAUAAUUGUCAAUUCUUUUGUUUUAGAAAUGACUAGGCUUCUGUUUGGUUUCUAUCUGAAACUGCUACUCAGAUUGUUGGUGCUGUUCAGUUCAACAUUUGUUGAAUUCCUACAAUGUGCUCGUCUUUGAAUUAGGUAUUGAGAAGGCAACAAUGAACUAGAAGUCAAUUUCUUCUAAGAGUUUACAGUCUAGUCGAGGAGAUAGUAGUUUAACAAGUUGUUUCUACAUACUUGUGCAAGUGCUCCCUUAUACAGAGGGUCUUGGAAACACAGAGGAUUCAUCGUCCAGUUUGGGAGACUGUGGAAAGUCUUUCUGAGGAGGUCACACUUGACGGCCUCCAGCCAGCCUGUUUCAGCCACCUCGUCGUCCUGGCCUUGGAACUGUUGGAAAACCAAUUCGACUGUUAGCCAAUCAUUUUCAGGUUCAGAUUCCUAAAAUAGAUGUGUAUCAUUAUGAUGUCGACAUUAAACCAGAAAAACGGCCUCGUAGAGUCAACAGGGAGGUAGUGGAUACAAUGGUGCGGCACUUCAAGAUGCAAAUAUUUGGUGACCGGCAGCCUGGCUAUGAUGGCAAAAGAAACAUGUACACAGCACAUCCACUGCCAAUUGGACGGGAUAGGAGGAAACUACUACAGUAGUUUGGUUGAUAUGGAAGUGACCCUUCCAGGUGAGGGUAAAGACCAAACCUUUAAAGUGUCUGUUCAGUGGGUGUCAGUUGUGAGCCUUCAGUUACUUUUAGAAGCUUUGGCCGGGCACUUGAAUGAAGUCCCAGAUGACUCAGUACAAGCACUUGAUGUUAUCACAAGACACCUUCCCUCCAUGAGGUACACUCCGGUGGGGCGCUCCUUUUUCUCACCUCCAGAGGGUUACUACCACCCUCUGGGAGGGGGCAGGGAGGUUUGGUUUGGCUUUCAUCAGUCUGUGAGACCUGCCAUGUGGAAUAUGAUGCUCAAUAUUGACGUAUCUGCAACUGCUUUCUAUCGGGCUCAGCCUAUCAUUGAGUUCAUGUGUGAGGUUUUAGACAUUCAGAACAUCAAUGAACAGACCAAACCUCUAACAGACUCCCAGCGUGUCAAGUUUACCAAAGAAAUCAGAGGUCUUAAAGUUGAAGUAACCCACUGUGGACAGAUGAAACGAAAAUAUCGAGUUUGUAAUGUGACUAGACGGCCAGCCAGUCAUCAAACUUUUCCCUUACAGCUAGAAAAUGGCCAAGCUAUGGAAUGUACAGUAGCUCAAUAUUUUAAGCAAAAGUAUAGUCUGCAGCUGAAAUAUCCCCAUCUUCCCUGUCUCCAAGUGGGACAAGAACAAAAGCAUACAUACUUGCCACUUGAGGUCUGUAAUAUAGUGGCAGGACAGCGAUGUAUAAAGAAGCUCACAGACAAUCAGACUUCUACGAUGAUCAAAGCCACAGCAAGAUCUGCUCCUGACAGACAGGAAGAAAUCAGUAGACUGGUGAAGAGUAACAGCAUGGUGGGUGGACCUGAUCCAUACCUUAAAGAAUUUGGUAUUGUUGUCCACAAUGAAAUGACAGAGCUCACAGGCAGGGUACUUCCAGCACCAAUGCUGCAGUAUGGAGGCCGGAAUAAAACGGUAGCCACACCCAACCAGGGUGUCUGGGACAUGCGAGGAAAGCAGUUUUAUGCUGGCAUUGAAAUUAAAGUUUGGGCAGUUGCUUGUUUUGCGCCUCAGAAACAAUGUAGGGAAGAUUUACUAAAGAGUUUCACUGACCAGCUCCGUAAAAUUUCUAAGGAUGCUGGAAUGCCUAUCCAGGGUCAGCCAUGUUUUUGCAAGUACGCACAAGGUGCAGACAGCGUGGAGCCUAUGUUUAAGCACCUGAAAAUGACCUAUGUGGGCCUACAACUAAUAGUGGUUAUCUUGCCUGGGAAAACACCAGUAUAUGCGGAGGUGAAACGUGUUGGAGAUACUCUCCUGGGUAUGGCUACACAGUGUGUCCAGGUAAAAAAUGUAGUGAAGACCUCACCUCAAACCCUUUCCAACCUUUGCCUGAAGAUAAAUGCAAAGCUCGGAGGAAUUAACAACGUGCUCGUACCUCAUCAAAGGCCCUCGGUGUUCCAGCAGCCUGUCAUCUUCCUGGGAGCAGAUGUCACGCAUCCCCCAGCAGGGGAUGGAAAGAAGCCUUCCAUCGCAGCAGUGGUUGGCAGUAUGGACGGCCAUCCCAGCCGGUACUGUGCCACUGUUCGGGUGCAGACUUCCCGCCAGGAGAUCUCUCAGGAGCUCCUCUAUAGUCAGGAGGUAAUCCAGGACCUCACUAACAUGGUUCGAGAGCUGCUGAUCCAAUUCUACAAAUCCACACGCUUCAAACCCACUCGGAUCAUCUAUUACCGUGGAGGGGUAUCCGAGGGACAGAUGAAACAGGUAGCUUGGCCAGAACUAAUAGCAAUUCGAAAGGCAUGUAUUAGCUUGGAAGAAGAUUACCGGCCAGGAAUAACCUAUAUUGUGGUGCAGAAAAGACAUCACACACGACUCUUCUGUGCAGAUAAAACAGAAAGGGUGGGGAAAAGUGGCAAUGUACCAGCAGGCACUACCGUGGAUAGCACCAUCACACAUCCAUCUGAGUUUGACUUUUACCUCUGUAGUCAUGCAGGAAUUCAGGGAACCAGCCGUCCUUCACAUUACCAGGUCUUGUGGGAUGACAAUUGCUUCACUGCAGAUGAGCUCCAGCUACUAACUUACCAGCUGUGUCACACCUAUGUGCGGUGCACGCGCUCAGUCUCUAUUCCAGCCCCUGCCUAUUAUGCCCGGCUUGUAGCAUUCAGGGCAAGGUAUCAUCUGGUGGAUAAAGAUCAUGACAGUGCGGAAGGCAGUCACGUGUCAGGACAGAGCAAUGGCCGAGAUCCUCAGGCCUUGGCUAAAGCUGUGCAGAUCCACCAUGAUACCCAGCACACAAUGUAUUUUGCCUGAGAGUCUCAGAAAAAAAACUCAACCAAUUUGACACCCCAUGCAGCCUCAAAAUGUUUCAAAUGCCUACUGCCUCUAGAGAGCCAAGUUGACUUCAGAUGGUCUUCUACCAGCAACUCGAAAUAGUUGCACUGAAUCUAUACUUUGCAGCGCUGUCUGAUGCAUCAACAAAAUUGAGCCAUUUUUUUUAAAGUAAUAGGUACUCAUAGAUUGUCUUUUCUGAUGCACUGGACUGAAUUUUUACCUCAUCAUGCAAAGGCUGAUCAGCCUGAACUUUCUAAAGGACUUUACAAGAAAGGUUUCUAUGGAAUAUUUUGCUAGCUGUGGUGUUCACCGCAUCCCUCUAGUCUUACAAGAGAAGGUUAUUUCUUUUUUUCUGUAUUCAUUGAGUGGGGUGUGUGCAUAAAUGGGAGAGAAAAACCAAACAAUCUACUUCAGUUCAGUGUAACUAUUUAAUUGUGUGGGUCCAUAGAGUUUUUAAUGGAGAUUUCUGACUUUGCCACUGUAAAUGCCUUUAACGAGCAUUAAUUUUUGAAAGUUUUACAGAGUUUUAUUAGUUUUACUACUUUAUCUUUUUAUCUCUACAGACUUGUGUUGGUGCAAGUACAGGCUGCCAGGCAAUUGCACUAAAUUUGGCUGCAGAUUCAGACAGGCAGUUAUCUUAUUUGGUUGACUUUUGUGAAUGUGUAACACAAACCGAUGUAAUGCAUGUCACGGUGACAGAUAACACUGCCAUGGUAAAAGUACUCAUGUUUCCCCCACUUUGAAAAAAAAUUAGCUUUUAGUGUUUUUCAAAGUUUUCAAAAGUGCCCAUUUUAUGCUGCUGUGUGGUUUGUUAGAGCUAAAUGAUUUUUAAACUUUUCUCAUAGGAAGUUAACUUUGGCAAUAAACAUUUUUUAAGGUCCCUCCUCUUCCUCCCCCUGACAAUGUAGUUUUUUAGAUGAGAUUUCGGUAUGAUUUUUAUCAGCUAUUUCUUAUAGAUCAUAAUCUGGCAAUUUCUGAAACCGAUCAGAAAAGACAUAUAUUUCCUUCUUUUUAAAGAAUUAUUUUUAUCUGUUUUAUAGUCACAAUUGGUGUCCUGUCACUUCGUUUUAAAAUAAGCUAGAACCAGGAUGCUUCCUUAUUGGAUAGGCUUUUGUCAAUCCUCAAGGUACAUUGAGUGAUGCUGCAACUUGCAAAAGAUCUACCAGCAUUUAAAACCUUUUUCCCUGGGAAUCAAGGUUACUCACACAACUACUUGCAGUGCAAAUUUUCUGUUUCUCUUUCAACCUGAAAUAUAUUUGGUGGAAUUUCCUUCCUUUUAUUAAACAAAAACUGCAUAGAAAAGGUUGAUUUUUCUUAAUAGAUUCUGGAUUCAGUUCACAGGGAGACGGGAUUCCUUUCUUGUCCAAACAAAAAGAGUUGAUGUAAAGCAAGCAUCAGUUAAAAUGUAGGGGUAAUGUAUUUUGUAUUUAGUGUAGAUAACACUUUGUGAAUGGACAACAGUUACAUAGAGUCUUGAUAGUUCCAGCCAGUAUUUCCCAGCCCAAAUUUUAGUGACUUGUAAUUCUUUGUCCUGGAACAUCAGGAGUGAAAGCUGGAGAGGAGGAUAAAAGGCCCAGAGCCACUCCAUAUGACUGAGGAAGGUGCUGGGGGAAGAGAUAGAUGCUACACGGUAAAACGAUUUUGCCACCUCUGUCUGGAAACUGCUGGUGGGGAAAACACUGGAUCUAACGGUGAAGGAUGUUUGCUUGAACUCAUUAGCUGGUCCAAAUCUCUUAAACUAGCCUUCUCAAAAUCCCAGCAAUAUAAAGCACUGUUCCUCUUCAGUCUUUUAAACACGCUUGUAAAUACAUUAAAGUUUACAUUUCUAUGUGCUGUUGAUCAGCGGCUCCACCAGUGUUUGCUGAGACUGGUCUCUGAGAGUUUUAUAAUGUAUAUCAAGUCCUAAAGCUCAUUAAGAUAGGAGUGCAGACGUCCUUGUUCUCUGCAUAGAGUGGGAUGAAAGCAAGCACUGUAACUGAGGCACAGCAUAGGCAGGAGUGCAGAAGAUGGCAGAUGUUAAUUUCUUAAGAUUUUCCUUUUUUGCAAAUACCUCACUUGGAUACUACAAAUCAGGACAUGUUGGUGAGGGGCUGGCUGCUGCUUUUUAUUCACACUUGUUCAGGGAGAGCACAGAAAAUACCCUUCAGCUUGGCCACCGUGGACCCAAGAGGAGGAAGAACAGAAGCUUUUUUAGAAGAACUUGCUGGAGUCCAGGAUGUGAGGAACUCUUGGUGGCUGGCUGGCUGGCCAGCGGGCACCACACCUGCACUUGUGUGCCUCGGACUUGCUUGAUAAUAAUGCACAGAAGAAGCAUCACUUCUCACCAUCUCCUGGCAUGUAUUGGAGCAGGGAGCGAGGCAGAGUGCCACGAAGCCCUGACUUGCUUGCCUGCAAUUGGGCUAUACGCUCGACCUUGAACUAUAGUUUAUAUGAAACUCAGUCAGUCCUAGUACACUGUGGGCAAAUCAGUGUGGCAGAGGAGGAAAAGCCGGGAGGCCUAUUUUUAUAGGAAAACAGUACCUUUAAGAGUGCAAUGCUGUCGUUUGGACAAAAGGAAAGAAAUAUGGAAGAACUAGAGUUGUUGGGAAAAACUUGCUGAGGGGUGAAUCUUUAAGAGGGAAUCACUGCAGAAACAGAGUUGCAGCAAUACUAUUGCAAGCAAGUCUGAAUGCAUGGUUUUAAUUCAGCUUGACAAUUUGAAUACUUUAACCUCUUGGGACUGACAGAAUCAUUAUGCAUGUGUCAAUCAAUGGGAGGUGUGCAUUCUCUAGAAGUAGGUUUAGGCUGUUUGUUUUUUUUAAAAUGCAGCCUGUUUAGGCACUGUCAUGUGGUAUGAAAGAUUUAAAUGUAGCAAUGCUAAAGAGUAACAAUUUGGGGCUAAGGGGCAGGGGACAUUAAAAGAGUGGUGAAGAUCCAAAUGUUGAAUCAGUUAUGUUUUGUUGUUGUUGUUAGCUGUAAAAUGAACUAGCUGGCCUAACACAACCAGCAGUCUGGGCAGGCAGAACAUAAUCAUUCUUACUGUAAAUUCUAUUUGCUGCUUCCAAAGGUGAUGAUUUACAAGCAGACACAUUCUAUAUGGUCUGUAUUUUAGGAUCUGGUGCCCAGCCUAUAUCAGAGCUUACCUACCUGGCUCAGCUACCUACUCUUCCUGUGGGAAAAGGUAAUGCACUGUUUAACAAGGCUCACCCUCUCCGCUCUGCCCUAGCUACCCUUUGUGGAUGUGCUGUAAGAUUUUCUUGCUCAAUAGCAAGGCAGUAGCUCUGCUUUCAUUUUAAGAAAGUGGAGGCUGAGGGCAUUGUAUCAAUACUGCUUCAACUCCAAGGAUUUUUCCUUGUAAAGUUAAAGGGAAGAUCUUGUUAUUGAUUAACCAUUUUCUUAUCCCUUGCUAUUGACAUAGUCAUUCUCUUUCUAUGUCUAGUGGCUGAAAAAUGUUUGCAUUUGUUCAUCUGACUGAUGGUGUCAUUUUUGUUUCUAUAUUGUUAGGUCUGUAAUGUUUUAAUAUGUAUUUUAUUAAAUUUGGACUGGAUGUCUCUAGCAAUACGAGGUACUUUCUAAACUAUUGAGGGAUGGGUGGUAUCCCCAUGUUGAGGUAAGAUGAUGGUUGUUUCAAUUUUGCAAUUUUUUUUUUUGGCCUGCAGGGAUAUUUUGUGUUCAUGUGUCCAAAAAAGAAUAAAUUGGCAUUCUUGUGCCAAACGUU